AUGAGCUUGGGGUUCCACAUCAGCGAUUUCAUUACAUUUAUUGAGCUCGCGAACCGAAUACGCAAAGACUUCAUCGAUGCUCCGAGCCAAUUCGAUCGCAUUUCCAGCGAGAGUCUCUCUAUCGUUCUGCAAGAUACCGAAAUUGUCUUAUCCGGCUGCGAGACCGACGAAACACAGAAAGCGCAUCUACAGGAGAUUGCCUAUCGCUGGCACGAAGCCCUCCUCGAUCUGGAAAAGGCCGUCGGCAAGUACAGUGAGCUAAAGCCUGCCGGCCAAAACAUCGAAGAAAAAGUCAAGAGGAGAAACUUACAUGGAAUGUUUCACUCCUCUCUGCAUCCGUCGAGCAGCUUUCAAGGUGAUCACAAACUUUACCUGUUGGCAGAGUGUUACCAGCUAAAUGAAGAUAGUCGAACGAUCUUCGCUGCAAAGAGAGGAAUUGACUACCUGGCCCAUCAGCAAGAGAACCUAGAGCGACUCGCCAUUCUCGACUGGCUUACCAAAGUCGAUUAUGCCCCUUUGCAGAGCAACUUAAUCAACCAAAGACAGCCCGGGACUGGACAAUGGCUGCUAGACGCGCCGGAGUUCCAGACUUGGCAAAGCUCCGAGAAGGGCACCUUAUUUUGCCCUGGUAUUCCGGGAGCGGGGAAAACCAUGCUUACCGCAACCGUGAUCGACAACCUCAUAACUCACUUCACGAACGAUGAAACAAUUGCCGUUGCGUACAUUUAUUGCGACUUCCGGCGGACACAAGAGCAGCGGGCCGAGGAUCUACUUGCAAGCCUUUUGAAGCAAUUAGCACAAGUGCAGCCCUCUCUGCCAGAUAUUGUGACUUUGUUGUACCACGAGCACCUAAGGAAACGGACGCAGGCAUCAUUUGACGAAAUCUCGCAAGCUCUGCGGCUCAAAGCUGAGUGCCCCGUGAGCUUCUUCGCAACGUCAAGGUUUAUUCCAAGCAUAACGGACAGGUUCGAAGAGAGCGCGUCGUUGGAAAUUCGUGCUACUGCUGAAGAUGUGCGGAGAUAUGUUGGAAGCCGCUUAUCGGAACUACCCUCGUUUGUGGAACGUAGUUCGGACUUGCAGAAAGAGGUUGUGGCUGGUAUAGUCAAAACUGUUGAUGGAAUGUUCUUACUUGCAAAGCUACAUCUGGAGUCACUAAUCGAAAAAACAACCCCCAAGGCUAUGCGAGCCGCUAUUGCAAAGCUGCCCUCAGGAUCGGACGCAUACGACAAAGCAUACUAUUCUGCGAUGGAAAGAAUUGAAGGACAAUUAGACGGCCACCAAAAAUUAGCAAAGGAGGUGUUGUCAUGGCUUACGUGUGCGAGGAGACCUCUCAGCAUUACGGAGCUUCAGCAUGCACUCGCAGUGGAGUUUGGCGAGCAUGAGUUCGACGAAGAGAACAUUACGCAACUGGAAGACAUGAUUUCCGUUUGCGGCGGAUUGGCUGAAGUCGACAAAACAAGUGGCCUCAUCAAAAUAGUGCAUUAUACGUUGCAGGAAUUUUUCGAGCGAACUCACCGUCGUUGGUUCCCGGAUGCAGAAUCACGAAACACGAGAGUAUGCGUCACGUACCUCUCAUAUACAGUAUUUGCGAGUGGUUUCUGUCACACGGAUACCGACUUUGAAGAUCGGCUACAUGUCAACCCAUUCUAUAACCAUGCGGCGCGAAAUUGGGGACAUCAUGCUCGUGAGGCUCUGAGCCUACACCAAGAAGUCUAUGAGUUCCUAAUAAGUUUUAACUUGAUCGAGUCGGCUAGUCAAGCGUUGAUGGCGGUGAGGGCGUGGCCUGGAUACUCAGGUUUUAGCCAAAGAGUACCACGGCAGUUGACAGGGCUUCACUUAGCGGCACAUUUUGGGAUCGAGAAAGCUGUUGAGACUCUGAUCCAGCAUGAAGCUGAUGCUGACGCGAGGGACGACGCUGAUCGAACGCCGCUGUCUUGGGCUGCCGCAAGCGGGCAUGAAACUGUUGUCAAGCUACUGACGAUGAUUGAUUACGUUGAAGUCAACUUGCAGGAUAACAAUGGUCGAACGCCGCUAUCAUGGGCUGCCGAGUUCGGGCAGGAAGCAGUUGUGAAACUGCUGUUGGCAACAAAAUAUGUGAUUGAGAACAGCAGCCUCGGAUUAGCAUCGAGUAUUGCCUGCUCAAGCGGGACGACAGACUUUGCGGGCCUCUUUCCUCGGAAGAUGGUCAACGCCACAUUGGCGGACAAAGCCGGGCGAACCCCAUUACACUGGGCAUCGGAGAAUGGUCACGUCGAAGUAUUGAAGCUCCUCAUCGAAUACAGGCCGCCCGCGUUACCGGCGAACAGAGGAGCGACCAAAAAACAUGCGGCAGAUGUGCCAAGCAGCUUGAACAUGAGCGAUACGACCUCGAAGACGCCGUUACAUUAUGCGGCCCUCCACUCUUGGACAAACUGCGUCCGCUUGCUGCUUACCCGAGGCGCAAAGAUAACCGCAGAUAUGGACAAUAUGACUGCCCUACAUUAUGCUGUGUCAAAAUCAAGCAAAGAGAUGGCGCGAUGCUUUCUGGACGCCGGCAUCUCGAUAUAUACUGGGGUACAGAGGCGUGAUUGGUCGGAAGUUGAUUCAGAAAUCAAGGCGCGAUGCGAACCGCAUAACAGCAGUUCCUCUGUGGUGGAUUGCAGCAGUCAGCGUGGGCUCACAGCCCUGCACUAUGCAACCUUGGUAGGAUGCGAGCAAAUGACCGAUUUGUUCCUCGCUCACGGGGCAAAUCCAAACCUUCAUAAGGCUAUCAGCUAA